CUAGCCACGACACAUGAGGCGGGGUUAUAGUGUUUCUAGGUUCUCUCUGUAUUAUUUACUGACCCACUAACCGGACACUCCGCCCUCGAGUCCCCGGUGAGGACAGCUUCCGUUACAGAGUUCACAGCUCGAGUUACCAACAGACACACUAGAUCUCUCCGCGAUACAGGAUAAUUAGCGGUUAUUAACUAUCGUUAUUAUUAACCGUUCGUUUUGUAUUUGGGACUUUGUCUAUAAAAGGACAAGACACUUUUGGAAGAAACUCCGCAGAGUUUUGUCUCAAAGCUGCUUCAACUGUCAACAGUUUUCUGGAGGAACUAAACGGGAUCUAGGAAGUGCCUCGCUUCCAGUACAAUAGAACCGAGAGAAAAGUUUUGAACCGCAGGCAGACGAGACUUUUUUUGAAAAGAGUCUCGUCAUCAGAAUAGUUGAACAAGUCACCCACGUCCGUCUGGAUUAAAACUGCUGCUGUUUGAAAAGAUCCUCUGACUCACACGAACACACAUCCCCGCUGCUCGACCGGAACGGGGCUGGAGCGGUCAUGUGUGACGGGCGUGGCGGGGUGGGGAAGUUUGUCCCGGUUUACCUGUGUCUGCGUGUUUGUUCAUGAGAUGUGGUUUGAGGCUGGGAGAUGAACCCGUGAUAAUCUCACAGAGACAUUUCACAUUCAGCCUGUAACUAUUUACUUCUGCUCAAUUCUAUUGCGUUUUACAACACGAGGAGACGCACUGACUCAAUUUGGACGACCGGUAGUUUAUAUGGUGCUGCUGAUUAACUAGUCGGUCUCGGUUUCUGUCGGCUUUGAGGAGAAAAGUCGCCGUUUUAUUUAUUUUAAACCUUAUUCGUGUUUUAUGGGACAAAUCGUGGGAAGCUGGUGUACACGGAUACGAAUACAACAUGAGCUGAGACAGUUGAACUCUUGUCGGAAAGGUUUGGUAAAUCUCCCGGUUCAACCGUGGGAUUGUAUAUUUAAUGUUCUUCAGUAACACUCGGUCGGUCGGGUUAUAUCAUUGAUCCGUCAGUGAUUAUCAGUUAGGUAUUGAUAAAGCCUAGCGCCAUGGCUCUGUCUCAGGUGCAGUGUCUCGAUGAGCAUCACAUCAACUGGCGCGUGACCGAGUCCAAACCCGAGUUCUUCUACAGCGAGGACCAGCGGCUCGCGCUCGAGGCUCUGCUGACCGGGGGGCGAGAGGCCUUUAGCAGCUACCUCAGUGAACAUGACCUCCGACACUUCCUGUCUGAACCGGAGCUCCUGCGGCUGGCGCGCACCGUGGAGGCCUACCGGCCUGGAAGCGAGCACCUCAAGGCCGAGGCGGGAGCGGGCAGCGCGUCCCCGAAGGAGUAUGACGGGGGCAAUGGGCCACUGUCAUUACAGUACUGGCCCGACCGCUCUGAAGGUUCUAUACCCGACCUGGACCUGGGCUGGCCCGACGCCGUGUCAUACCGAGGAGUGACACGUGUCAACGUGCACACGCAGCCCCCAGCUGAUGGACAAACACACAUCAAGGAGGUUGUCCGGAAGACUAUAUCACAGGCUCAGAAGGUUAUAGCAGUAGUAAUGGAUCAGUUCAGUGAUGUUGACAUCUAUAAGGACCUGUUAGAUGCGGCCUAUAAGAGAAGAGUUCCUGUCUACAUCGUCAUCGACACAUCUGCUGUCUCCUGCUUCCUGGACAUGUGUUGUAGAGCCAAUAUGCACCAGGGACACCUCAAGAACCUGCGUGUGCGAUGUAGUGAAGGAGUAGAGUUCUACACUCGCUCGGCUCAGAAGGUCCGAGGUUCUCUCAGUCAGAGAUACAUGCUGAUAGACGGAGACAGAGCUGUGACUGGAUCAUACAGCUUCACGUGGUCGGCGUCUCGUCUGGACCGGAACUUGAUCACGGUUCUGAGCGGUCAGGCAGUUGAGACGUUCGACAAACAGUUCCGUGAUCUCUACAUGACCUCUAGGGGUGUGUCCCUCGCCAAGAUUCCGCUGGAGGAGGAGCCUAUCCCUGACCUCACCCCCAUCGCCACCCCUGCCCCGGUCUCCGCAGCCGUUGCUAGGAAACUAAUCAACCCUAAAUACGCACUAGUUACGUCACAGGCUAAAGCUAACAAUGCUAGCCCAGCUAGCUCUGCUAACGACUCUAGCAACAAGAACUCCACUACCCAAAAUCCUCUGGGACGGGUUCUAAAGCCUGCCAGAGAGCCAGUGGAGGCCCCGCCCCUCCACCCAGGUCUAGCCAAUCUGGAGAAGGUGUACCUGAUCCCAUACCUGCCCACCUGGCCGGAGCCAGACCCCCCCCGCGACGUGAUUGGCUUCAUCAACGUGAGAGACGCGUCCCGCCCCCAACAGGUCCACCUCCAGAGAAGUCAACAGUUUGAGACCAGCCAGGCCAUCAGGUUCAGCUCUCCCUUCAGCCUGCCUGAGAAACCCCUACCUGAGACUGCUACUCUACGGAAUACACAGCACGACAAACAGACGCCUGAUACACAGAACCCUGAUACACAGAACCCUGACACGCCUGAUACACAGAACCCCGAUACACAGAACCCUGAUACGCCUGAUACACAGAACCCUGAUACACAGAACCCUGACACGCCUGAUACACAGAACCCCGAUACACAGAACCCUGAUACGCCUGAUACACAGAACCCUGAUACACCUGAUACACAGAACCCUGAUACACCUGAUACACAACACCCUGAUACACCUGACAUAAACCCCUCCGCCCCUCCAGUCCCUAAACCUCGCACCCUGCAGCUCCUCAUUAGCCCUGCCCAUUCUCACCAGUCUGGCCAACCACAGGUCAGCCUGGUCCCCAGGACCGAAAGCCAAUCAGGGACACCGCCUGCCUCCAUUAGCCAAUCGGAAACACUGAUGGAUCUGCCCAAGUCCCGCCAUGGGCAGAGAGAGGAGGAGGAGGAAGGGCUUGAGGAGGAGUGGCUAGAGGAGGAGGAGUGGGUGGAGGAGGGGCUAGAGGGGAGGCGGGGCAACAGUAGUCAUGACGAUAAUGACAGCAUCACGGCGCUAUGUGACCAGACAGCCAAUAACACGUCGUCUGACGACUUAUACUACGAGUGCAACGAAUCAGAACCCACAGAAUCCUCGCCGGUGGCCAAUGGGUUAACAGCAGAGUUGGGCCAGGUUGGCAAGGGUCAUAGUCAUGGAAAUGGGGUCAAUGUGAUGGCGAGGUUCUCCCAGAGCAUGCUGGACCUUCGGCCUCACAGCCAAUCAGACGACAGGGGAGUUCUAAUGAGCCAAUCACAGGACAGAAGGGGUCAACAGACACGCCCUCAGCCACACAGACACAUCGGACAGUUGUUUCAGAGCUCCAGGUCGCCAGGUCGUGAUGGACGCCAGAGUGGCAGGGCUAAAGUCGUCAUUGCCAAACCAGGAAGUGUCCACCGCUCGCCACUAGCAUCGUGCCCUGCGAUUGGAGGACAUCGCUACUUGCAGGGCCAAUCACUGCAGCCCUCCGAUACUCGCUCCAGCCGGUCGCCACGACGACACAGCCCUGCCUACAAAGGGGCGGGACUUUCCCCUGGCCACGCCUCCCCACGCCGAGCAUCCAAUCCGGCAGGAGCUAUGGGCGUGUCCUUCUCCAAACUGACCAAUCAACUACUGAGGGGGCGGUAUAUAGCCCCACAGACGAAAGCGUCGCUUGACAACAAGGAGGUCGGCUAGGAUUGACUAAUGUAUGGACCAAUGGGACGGCUAGCAGGAAGUUAUGUUUUUUAUGUUUGUCUGAUUGGUUGCUCUGACUUGAUCAUGUGUCUGAUUGGUUGCUCUAACUUGAUCAUGUGUCUGAUUGGUUGCUCUGACUUGAUCAUGUGUCUGAUUGGUUGCUCUGACCAGAUCAUGUGUCUGAUUGGAUUGCUCUGACCAGAUGAUGUGUCUGAUUGGUUGCUCUGACCAGAUCAUGUGUCUGAUUGGUUGCUCUGACUAGAUCAUGUGUCUGAUUGGAUUGCUCUGACUUGAUCAUGUGUCUGAUUGGUUGCUCUGACCAGAUCAUGUGUCUGAUUGGUUGCUCUGUUCAGAUCAUGUGUCUGAUUGGUUGCUCUGACCAGAUCAUGUGUCUGAUUGGUUGCUCUGUUCAGAUCAUGUGUCUGAUUGGUUGCUCUGACCAGAUCAUGUGUCUGAUUGGUUGCUCUGACUAGAUUAAUAACUUGACUGGACAUUUGGAUGUUUCUCUAUUGUUUAAAGAAUGUUAUCUGAAUGUUGAAAAUGAGACUCAGCAAUAUGUUGCCACAAGGAGCAGGAUGAACAGAGAAUAUUGCAGAUGAACAUGAUACAAGACGAUGCAGUAACUCAGGGUAUCUGUACAGGAGAUCAUGAUUCACUCUGAUACAACGUGAUAGCUGCAGGACCAAGACAGACUCACUCUGAUACAACGUGAUAGCUGCAGGACCAAGACAGACUCACUCUGAUACAACGUGAUAGCUGCAGGACCAAGACAGACUCACUCUGAUACAACGUGAUAGCUGCAGGACCAAGACAGACUCACUCUGAUACAACGUGAUAGCUGCAGGACCAAGACAGACUCACUCUGAUACAACGUGAUAGCUGCAGGACCAAGACAGACUCACUCUGAUACAACGUGAUAGCUGCAGGACCAAGACAGACUCACUCUGAUACAAUGUGAUAGCUGCAGGACCAAGACAGACUCACUCUGAUACAACGUGAUAGCUGCAGGACCAAGACAGACUCACUCUGAUACAACGUGAUAGCUGCAGGACCAAGACAGACUCACUCUGAUACAACGUGAUAGCUGCAGGACCAAGACAGACUCACUCUGAUACAACGUGAUAGCUGCAGGACCAAGACAGACUCACUCUGAUACAACGUGAUAGCUGCAGGACCAAGACAGACUCACUCUGAUACAACGUGAUAGCUGCAGGACCAAGACAGACUCACUCUGAUACAACGUGAUAGCUGCAGGACCAAGACAGACUCACUCUGAUACAAUGUGAUAGCUGCAGGACCAAGACAGACUCACUCUGAUACAACGUGAUAGCUGCAGGACCAAGACAGACUCACUCUGAUACAACGUGAUAGCUGCAGGACCAAGACAGACUCUCGCUUCAUAUUCUUAGUUUUCGCAGAAGUCGUCAAAUUCUGCUGUUUACUUUUUGCAUCGCUGACUCUACCUUUAACUAACCUUGUCUGGAUUCUGUCUACUGUCUAUCUACUGUCUAUCUACUGUCACAUGAAUUGAAUGUUUCCAGGACAUUUUCCAGCUGGUUUUUGAAUGUUUGCCAGAAAAAUGUUUUAAUGAUGUUGUUUUUUUAACAUGGCCUUUCCUGGCCAAUGGGGCGAUCUGGACGUAAUCUGGCCAAUGGGGCGAUCUGGACGUAAUCUGGCCAAUGGGGCGAUCUGGACGUAAUCUGGCCAAUGGGGCGAUCUGGACGUAAUCUGGACAUUUGUUGAAACCUUAAGAUUUAAGGAUUUAUUUGAUUUUCCUCUGUUUGAGAGGGCUGUCCUCUCCAGGCCCCCGUAGUCUGACCAGCUAGGUUUACUUGGCUGGAGAGACUCUGAGUGGCCUAACGCUCACUCUGAUUGGUUACUGGGACUAUGGGGGCGUGAGUAACGUUUUGAAACGAUGGCAGAUUUUUGCCGAUGUUGGACAUGAACGUUGUUAAAACAUUAGGAGAAUUAUCAAUAAAGUGAUCUUGACUGAA